UCAGAAUCGCCUUGGGUCCGGUCGCAAAAAUGGCGUCGUCCGCCUCCUCUCGUACUUCGGCGGGGAAGCGAGUGGUAAAUCAGGACGAACUGCGGCGGUUGAUGAAGGAGAAGCAACGUUUGAGCACCAAUCGGAAACGGAUAGAAUCUCCAUUCGCGAAGUAUAACCGUUUGGGGCAGCUGAGUUGUGUCCUAUGUAACACCUCGGUUAAGAGUGAGCUUCUGUGGCAGACUCAUGUCCUGGGAAAGCAGCACAGAGAGAAAGUGGCGGAACUGAAAGGCACGAAGGAAGCCACCCAGGGAUUGUCCGCCAGUGCAGAGCAUCAGUCCGCCAAAAGAAAGGCAACGGACGCAGAGGACCGAGAUGCCAAGAGAGCGAAGGCCUCCACGGUGCCCCAGGUACAGCCUUCCACGUCCGCUUUGCCCACUAACUUUGAUAAAACAGGAAAGGAGUCCACUAAAGCGACCCCCAGUAAUACUGCAAGACUAGGUUUACUCCCUGAUUAUGAAGAUGAAGAGGAGGAGGAGGAAGAGGAGGAGGGAGAAGGGAAAAAGGAGGACGCUAGCAGGGUGCCGCCUGACGCACAGGGCAAGGAACACUCACUCGCCUCCUCGAGAGAGACAGCAAAUAGUGUGCUGCCAAACGAUUUAUUUGAUACAAAUCCUCCCAAGGCCCCCUUAAUCCCUCAUUCAGGGUCAAUUGAGAAAGCAGAAAUACAUGAAAAGGUGGUGGAAAGGAGAGAGAACACUGCGGAAGCAUUACCAGAAGGUUUUUUUGAUGACCCUGAAGUAGAUGCGAGGGUUCGAAAGGUUGAUGCCCCGAAGGAUCAGAUGGACAAAGAGUGGGACGAAUUUCAAAAAGCUAUAAGGCAGGUCAACACUAUUUCCGAAGCCAUAGUUGCUGAAGAAGAUGAGGAGGGACGGUUGGACCGGCAGAUUGGGGAGAUCGAUGAGCAGAUAGAGUGUUACCGUCGAGUGGAAAAGCUGCGGAAUCGCCAGGAUGAAAUAAAAAAUAAGCUUAAAGAGGUUCUGACCAUAAAAGAACUGCAGAAAAAGGAAGAGGAAAAUGUUGACAGUGACGAUGAGGGAGAACUGCAGGAUUUGUUGUCUCAGGAUUGGAGGGUGAAAGGGGCUUUGUUAUAG